AUGCGGGUGUGCGCUUACAAGGUGACGCUGAAGACGCCCAGCGGCACGGAGACGAUCGAGUGCCCGGAGGACACCUACAUCCUGGACGCGGCGGAGGAGGCCGGAGUCGACCUGCCCUACUCCUGCCGCGCGGGGUCGUGCUCUUCGUGCGCCGGCAAGCUCGAGGGUGGUGCCGAGCCGGAUCAGAGUGACCAGUCCUUCCUGGAUGACGACCAGAUGGCCAAUGGAUACAUCCUGACCUGUGUGGCUUACCCCACUGGGGACUGCACCAUCAAGACACACCAGGAGGAGGAGAUGUACUGA